AAAGAAAACUGGCCAGAAGAAGCUAGGGAGGUUUUUAAAGUUGAUGUUAUAUGUAUAGAAGAUAGUGAAGAUGAAUGGGGUUAUGAAUCUGAGGUAGAAGAGAUGGAUUAUGAAAGGACUGAUAGUAUGGAGGAACAAUGGAAUAUGUGGGAGGUGGAUAAGAGUGAAGUAGUGGACAUGAAUCGGUGGAAACAAGGGUAUAAACAAUUAUUACAUGAUUUCGAAGUAGAAUCAGGUUGUAGAUUGUUAUGGGAAGGCCAUAGUGAUAUUGCCCAACAGUGGGCCAUCCAGGGUGAAGAAAGCUUCUCUGAUGUAACCCGGAUGGAAUGGGAGCCCAAAAAAAAUGUUCCUUGGUCCCUUACACCCGAAGAAGUUAUAGAAGCCUCAGAGGAAAAAAUGACCCCAAGUAUGAGGGAAACGUCAGAUGAUGAUGAGUACCAAAUAGAAGUUGUAAUAAACAGUGGAUCGACAAGUCUAACCACCCCAGAGGAAGAAACCUUGACUGAAGAGUGA